AUGGCCGACGGGGACGCGAUGGCGUCGGCCUCCGCGGCGACGCCGCGCUCGCCGCCGGGCCCGCCGGAGACGCCGUCCGCGCAGAAGCGGAGGCAGCGCGGGCUCGUGUCGCGGGUGUGGAAGGGCAUCUUCGGCGGCCGCGAGGACGUCGAGAAGCUCCUGCAGGCGCUCGCCAAGGAGGAGGAGGCGCUCCGCUCCCGCGUCCACCGCCGCGCCCGCGCCUCCCGCCAGAACGCCCACAACGUCCUCGCCCUCGCAUCCGCGCUCGAGAUUGCGGCUGUUGGAUAUGCGAUUAUGACCACGAGAUCUCCAGACAUCAGCUGGCAGAUGAGGGCAGCCCGGGUGCUGCCCAUGUUCUUGGUUCCUGCUUUAGCUGCUCUCAUAUAUUCAGCUAUUUCAAGCAUUACGAAGUGGCUUGAUAAUAGAGACCAACAUACUCUUGAAAAGCUUCGUGCUGAAAGGCAGGCCAAAAUUGAUGAGUUGAAGGAGAGAACAAAUUACUACACUACCCAGCAACUUAUACAGAGAUAUGAUCUCGACCCUGCUGCAAAGGCCGCUGCUGCAAGUGUUUUGGCAUCUAAGCUGGGUGCAGAUUCUGGAUUGAGAAUCUUCUUGGGAGAUGAAUCAAACAUGGAUGGAAGUAAAAGUAACGAUCAGCACGGACAAACCUCUGGUCUGAGGCAAAGAAAAGCAGCCCACUCAGGUCAUGGCUCUGCUGGACAGACACACGCCUCGGAGCCAUCAGACGGGUCAAGUAUAUACGAUGGUAACGAAAGCCCGACUAGUUCAGAUCGGAGGACUGUCGAGCACUUCAGGGGGCAUGCUGGCAAUGACGGGGGGUGGCUUGCACGGGCGGCUGCUCUGCUUGUAGGCGAGGAUCCAACACAGUGCUUUGCGCUAAUAUGUGGCAACUGCCAUAUGCACAACGGUCUUGCAAGGAAAGAGGACUUCGCGUUCAUCACGUAUUACUGUCCUCACUGCAAUGCUCUCAAUGGAUCACGGCAACAGGAGGACAUGGUGCCUAAUUCUGGCAAGGAGACUCCUACCGACCGGUCCUAUGGUAACAGUGCCCAACCCAGCGCUAGCCAUGCGGACUCAGGGCUCAGCAGUCCUGUUGCGAGGAACUUGCCGACUGUCGAAGAGCUGCCUGCAGAAGAUCCUUCUGCGAGUGACCUAACGACUGUUGAAAAACCAAGAGCAGAGAGUCCUGCUGCAAAUAACUUACCACCAGCUGUUGAAAUUCCACCCGCCGAAGAUACUGGGGAGAAGGCAACCAGUUAUCAACCUGCCAGUUGAAUCUUCUUAUUUCUUGUAAAGGACUGUGCUCGUGAGUUCCUUGCCUUUGUGCCACGGAUUGUUGCCUAGGGGUAUCUGCCCGUUGCAUUGUCAGGAUGGCAUGUCAGAGAUUUUGACGCUGAUUUUUGUGGCUACCUAGCAUAUAGAUGUGGAUUAUUGGUGUGUUCCUUGGAUGGUUCCACUGGGACCUGCUAGGGUGCCACUGGUGUGAUGUAUAUUUCCAGGCAUCUUCAAUGGUGGUUGCUCCUUUUUUGUUUACUUUUAUCUUGAGUAUAUAGUUUUCUUUCUUUUGAUAAUGUGUAUCCUACACUUUUCGUAUUACGAAUUGUCAGUGUGCA